GGUGCAGACAACGCUCACCUCACACGAUCUGGACAAAAUAAUAUUCGAGCACCCGAAAGAAUCGACUACAGAAUAACGCACACGAAAUUUAAAAAUUACAAAAAAGGGGAAAGUUUAAAAAAACACCCUCGCCCUUUCCCAUCGCGAUCUUCACACGCGGAAGACUUCGGCAAAUCUUUGAUAUAAUCCCAAAAACAAUUGUUUUUUUUAUUGUUUUUGUUUUACCUGGUGACAAAACGAAAAGUACAAAUAAACGUCAUUAAAAGUACAAAACAUACACCGCAAUCGUCAGUAAUACCUGUGCCAAAAGUGACCCCAAAAAAAAGUUGAAAAGAAACAAGUGAAUUUACAACAAGCCCUCAAACAAGAAACUGAUAAACCAUAUCAACGGUCCGGUGACUAAGCUCAACCUCAACCUCAGCCCUCUACCUACUACCUCUUACCAUUCACUCCUAGACAAGCACCCAAACUUGACCCAAUUCCUGCCCAGAAACCACGGACGCCACGCACAACCAGGACGCUUACACGUACACACACACACCCUGAGACACUCGCACGGCGCCAGAAAAUUCCCCACAUUUUCACUACAAUGUAAACCAAACGAAUCUCCGGAUUCUUUCAAUUCUUGUUCCGAUUUACAUUCUUCAUACAUUCCUUGAAAACAAAGCCAACAAAAUACUAAAGCCAACCAAUGCACUUUCCAUAAUUCUUAACUUAUUUAAUUAUUUAAUUUAAAACAAAAUAAUUGUGUGAUAUUUAUUUUUUUGUGUUUAGUCAUAGUUUGAAAAGAAGAAAACGAAAAUAAAAAACAAAAACCGGCAAAAAACCAAAACAAAAAGUAUGCAAAGUCCAUAGACAACUAUUAAUAGUAAAAAAAAAAACAAAAAAAAAUUAGUAUACACAUUAGUACACAGUUUAUGAUUUCUGUUAAUUGUGUUAGAGUUUAUUUUUUCAUUGUUUUAAAUUAUAAAAUCUCAAGGCCUAGACACACACACUUCUGAGGGCCCGCAAAGGAUUAAUUUAAAUUUAUUUUAGUAGAUGAGUUUCAUUUGCGAAGGCUAGGGCCCCUCACACGAGGCAACACAUGCACGCCUUUUUUCGGGGCUUCUCUACACCACCACCUAAGGACCUAGACGCACGACACGACACUACACGCCCUAACAAAUGCUAAGAUGUCGCAGCCCAACGAACAGACAAACUUGCCGCACAAUCCCAACCAGCCAGCAUCCACAGACACACCAUCUACACCCACACCCACUCCCACACAAACUCCUCCCACCCCAACACCUUCCACAACAACAAACACAACACCGAAUGAGCUGAAACAACGCCUGACGCCAUUGAAUGUGCGUCGUUUAUCAGGCUACGUAAAUCCGCAAAUGAUCAGCGAUCAUGCUGAUGAUGAGCCCCCGCCCACAACUAUUAAUAUUGGCCUCUUUAACAAUAACAACAAUAAUAAUAACAACAAGAAUAAUACAAAUAAUAAUAACAACAACAACAACACCGCAUCAACAACGCCACCAUCUGCAUAUGCCACUCCACCAAUAUACCAACAACAGUUGUCCACACUGACAGCAACAACACCGCUAGAUGUGGCACCGGAUGAAAAAUACAGAUUGUUUACCAUUUUCAAUGGAAACGAUCCUGACAAUGAGAAAUUGUCGGGCCUACCACAUUCGACAACUGGUUCACUAAGCUCAAUCAUCACGACGUCCAUAGCAUCCUCCGAACCGGAUCCUGGAGCGGCGAGUGGCGGCGGCAGUGGAGGAGGAGGACCUGGCGGUAAUGGGGGCACCGGAUCGGGUGCCCUAGUGGCAGCAGAUGCCUCCAGUAUCGCCGGUAUCAAUGGCAGUUCCGAGGAGAAACUGGCCCUCAACAGGCCAGGAAUCAAGCAGGAAAAGUGGACAACCAUCCUGCUGCAGGUUUCCAUACCGUUCUUCCUUGCCGGUAUUGGAACAAUCGGAGCUGGCAUUGUGCUGGGACGCGUUGAGAAAUGGUAUGUCUUUAAAAAUGUCAGCGAACUGUUUAUCCUGGUGCCGGCGCUUUUGGGACUAAAGGGCAACCUGGACAUGUGCCUGGCAUCCCGUCUUUCCACGCAAGUGAAUCUGGGCAACAUGACCAGCCGGCAGGGCGUAAUACGGAUGAUCGUAGGCAACAUAGCGCUGGUGCAGGUUCAGGCGACCGUGGCCUCCUUUCUGGUAGCCAUGUUCGCGGUGAGCGUCGGCGCGGCCAUGACCGGCGAGUUCUACUUUGAGAACAUGAUGCUCCUGACAGCCUCGGCCAUGUUCACUGCGACCUCGUCGUGCUUUGUUCUGGAUUUCGUUUUGGUGGCCGUGAUCCUAUUCUCGCAGAGGUACCGCCUCAAUCCGGAUAACUUGGCGACACCGCUGGCCGCCUCCAUCGGAGAUGUCGUGUCCAUCAGUUUGCUGUCCUUCAUCGCUUCGUUGCUAUACGAGCAAAUCAAAACGCAUCUGUGGAUCACCUUCAUCGUGGUGUGCUGCUACCUGGUGCUGUUGCCCAUGUGGGUAAUGAUCGUGCUGAGGAACGAGUAUACGCGUCCGGUGCUGAAGAGCGGAUGGGUGCCGGUGCUCUCGGCCCUCUGCAUAAGUGGGCUGGGUGGCCUGGUGUUGGACGCCGCUGUUGAAGUAUUCAAGGGCUUCGUGGUAUUCCAGCCUAUCAUCAAUGGAAUUGGCGGAAAUCUGGUGUCGGUGCAGGCCAGCAAGAUAUCGACGAUGCUGCACCAGAGCUCAAUUAUUGGCAUUAUACCACCGCACACGAAGAUCUUGGAGUGGCCCUGGAGGGCGCUUUUCAAAGGAGUUCCCUAUGCAAAGACGGCGAGAAUACUUAUCGCCAUGUCAAUUCCGGGCAAUAUUCUGUUCAUCUUUGCCGCUGAUUAUAUCAACAUGAACACCUCGACGGUCAGCUGGGUCUUUGUGCUGUCCUAUCUGACUGCCAGUUUGGUCCAGGUGAUGCUGCUGCUGUACAUUGCCCACAUCAUCGUGCACGCGAUGUGGAAGUGGAAGAUCGAUCCGGAUAACUCGGCCAUUCCCUACCUAACGGCCCUGGGCGAUCUGUUGGGCAGCAGCCUACUGGCGGUGGCGUGGAUCUUUACAAUGUCCGUAGGCAUGGAGUACGGCGCCGGGAUGGAGACCCUCAAUGCACCCAACUAAAGUCCAGGCUAGCUAACACCACUUAGAACUAGUUGAUGGGUCAAGCGUAAGCUGUACAACGCUAAGCGAUAAACCAAGAAGGCAGCCACACCACAAACACAAUAUAAAGAACUGUUAUGUACCUUAAAGAAAUAUAUAGAAACAUAGAAACAGAACGUAUAUAGCCUCCCGAUUACCAGUUCCCAGUCCCAGUCCCCGCACAAACCGGAACCGGACGUCAACUAAUUUCUAAUGAAGCGUGAGAUCCUUUUACAUUGUGUCCUUCUUCACAUGGCUUUUGCUUGUGUUCCUUUUGCUCUACCGAAAACGUAUGUAUGAUAUAUAAUAUAUCACAUAAAUGUCGAUUUGCAGGCGUUCUGCGUCAUAUUUUUUAAGGCUUUUAGGACAAUAUUAUACACAUUUGAAACAAAUAUAUAUAUAUAUACAAUAUAUAUGUACAUGUAUAGGAAGAAGAGCAGACGAAGAAAACCGAUAAUAAAACGUAGGCGGUUCUUGGUAGAUAUUCUUUCGUUUUUUUUUUUUACCAUAAGCAGCCAAAAAUACUAAUUAUCAUAAAUCGAACCUACUUAAUUCCUUAAUUUACAAACCAAUUGUGUAGUAUUAGCCAAGAUUUGAUUUUUGCAAGUCUCGCUUCCAUUUCGUGAAUGUAUUUUUAUAAAUAUUAUUAUUUGUCUGGUGUCUCAUUGUCCCCUUCCCUUUCCCUUUCCUUACCUUACCCACUUCCCCGAACCCCACUUCUGCUUGGUGAAUUUAAAGAGAAGCAAUAAUUACAACUAAAAAAUAAACUCUAUUUAUUAUUGCAAGCACUCGAUGAUAGUAGAGGGAGACGAUGAUUAAAUGUGUCUUUUAUUUGUAUAUUGUAUAGAUAUUUUUAAGUUCAAAACCGUGUUAAGUUCUUAAGUCCUUGAAGCGAGGAAUAUUGUAGGGCCCGCAGGACAGAAGGAGUUUGUACGUUCUGCAACAAAAGUGAACAGGGAAUAAAAACGAUGAGAAUGAGAGACGUUCUGAAAGGAAAUGUGAUCGAUAUUUAGAAAUAAUAAUACAACUAAUAAUAUUAAUUAUAAACUGAAAAACGGAAAACCAGUAAACAAAAUAGAAUUAAUAUUGUGUAAUACUUGAAACAAUAAUACCAAUUAAAUAAAUAUGUUGGAAUAAACAGAAGAAAAA